CCAGUUAUGAAUGGGAAAUAGCCAGGGAAAGAGGAGGGAUAGGGAGUUCCAGGCACAGGGGAUGGAGGCAGGAGCAGAAAUAACAGUAAUGUGUGUGGGACAUGGGAAGCCUUUGGAGCUGGCUGAGCAGACAGGAGUGGGAAGGCUCUGGAGGUGUCCAGAGGCUGGGGGGGGGGGGUCUCGCUGGCUCAUGGUGAGGUAUGUAGACUUAGGCAAUGGACACCACCAGAGAGGCGGAAGCAGGGCAGUGACACAGUGGGAUCUGUGUGUGGCCUUGCUCUCUGGCCGGUACGUGAGGUAUGAAUGUGGUGGAACAAAGGCAGAGGCGGAAGCCGCUGCGUAAUCCAGGUGAGACGGUGCAGGCCAGGGUCUCAGCAUGGCCUGUGGAGUCAGGGGGACUUGGGUUCUAAUUCCACCUCAGCCACUUACUGCUUGGCAAACCUCGGGCAAGUCACUUAAAGCUCCCGAGCUUCAGUUUCCUCCUGUCCAAAGUGAGGAUGAUAGCAUCCUCAGAGAGUACUUGCAAGAGUAAUCUUGGUCUCCUGAUGGGGUCACCCCAGUCCUUAGCACAGGGCCUGAGUCAGUUCGUGCUCGGUAAAUGGUAGUUACCGCUGUUGUUAUCAGUAACCAUGGAGGGGAGGGGCAGGUGUGAGAGAUAAUGAGGAAGCAGAGGUGGCAGGUCUUGGCCAUCAACUGGACUCCUCAUCCUCGGCUCGCGCCUGGCGUGGUGGUGGAGGGAGGGAGGUAGAGGCAACCAGCUGGCUGCCUUUAGUCAGGAACCCAGCCCCCGCUUCUGGGCUACCCUUCCCAGAACCACACAGCUGGUGUGUGUGUGAGCGUGCCCACGCGCGUGUUUAGGGAAGGGAGCUCCAGAGGAAACAAAUCCCAUUCCUCAGUCCUGUGGCUCUGGGAGCUCAGCUUCGUGCUAACUUCCUUCUGUUGACACAAAUGACUGUGGCCUGAUGGUACCAGUUAUCCUUUGGGCGAGGAGCCAGGAUUCAGCCCCGAGUUAUUCGUGAGCCCUGAGAACCAGCGCUGUCUCGGGAUUAUACAGUGUGUUUGCAUUGAUGGUGCUGGUCUUUCCAGCUCUGAGUUCUGACAUGCUUCGGCAGUCAAAGCAAUCGAUGCCUUGUCCUGGAUACAGGGAGACCCUUAGAGGGGGCUGCAGACCCCGUACCUCUACCCACUUUGGAUAACGCUUUAUGGCCCACUCCCAGUAGCCCUUCCCCAUUGGGUCCAGUCCACCCCUCGCCCGGGGAGUCCUCUGUGGGCAGUGUGAACCCCCAGUGGACGCCUAACACCUCUCCCUUGUCUCUUUCACCUCCAGUCUCCCACCAGCGGAGUGGAAAUAAACUUUCCGGGCUAAGUUAGAUGGAUGGUCCCCAUUAGCCUGGCGGGCUGCCCCCCUCCUGCCUCCCCACCGACUCCCCUUGUCAAAGGAGGUGCUUCGGUGUGCGGGGCAGGCUGGGGGGACAAGAGCAUCUGGGUGGGGGUUGGAGGCGCCCUGCCCCUCGAGCAGGAAUGGUGCCCCCGGGGAAGAAACCAGCCGGAGAGGCUUCCAACUCCAAUAAGAAGUGCAAGCGUUACUUCAACGAGCACUGGAAAGAGGAGUUCACCUGGCUGGACUUCGACUACGAGCGGAAGUUGAUGUUUUGCCUAGAGUGCCGCCAGGCCCUGGUGCGGAACAAGCACGGCAAAGCGGAGAACGCCUUCACUGUGGGCACCGACAACUUCCAGCGCCAUGCCCUGCUGCGCCACGUGACCUCGGGGGCCCACCGCCAGGCUCUGGCCGUCAACCGGGGCCGGCCCACUUUUGAGGGCCAGGCUGAGGGUGGAGGGACCUGUCCGGGCCUGGCGACCACCCCCAGCUUCAGGAGUGUCAAGGUGGAAGCGAACCCGGCCAAGGUGGCCGUGCUGACCACGGUGUACUGCAUGGCCAAGGAGGACGUGCCUGACGACCGCUGCUCUGCCCUGCUCGAGCUACAGAGGUUCAACCUGUGCCAGGCGCUGCUGGGCAUGGAGCACGGCGAUUACUACAGUCCUAGGAGGGUGAGGGACAUGCAGGUGGCCAUUGCCAGUGUCUUGCACACAGAGGCCUGCCAACGCCUGAAGGCAUCCCCGUAUGUGGGCCUGGUGUUGGACGAGACCAGGGACUGGCCUGAGUCCCACAAUCUGGCCUUGUUUGCCACUUCGGUGUCCCCCUGCGAUGGCCAGCCUGCCACCACCUUCCUGGGCAGUGUGGAGCUACAGGAAGGCGAGGCCACUGCUGGCCAACUCCUGGACAUUCUGCAGGCUUUCGGCGUGUCUGCAUCCAAGCUGGCCUGGCUCAGCUCAAGCCUCCCCAGUGACCGCCUGGGGAGCGUGGGCCCGCAGCUCCAGGCUGCCUGCCCACUGCUCAUGGAGCUGCACUGCCUCCCCGGCCGGACAGAUCCCAAGCCCCCUGCCUACCUAGGUGAAUAUGAAAGUGUGCUGGAUGCCCUAUUCCGCCUCCAUGGUGGCCCCAGUUCCCACGUGGUCCCUGAGCUCCGGGCAGCACUGGACCUUGCAGCUAUUGACUUGGCAGGACCACGGCCAGUGCCCUGGGCCUCCCUGCUGCCUGUGGUGGAAGCAGUGGCUGAGGCUUGGCCUUGCCUGGUGCCCACGCUGGAGGCCUCUGCCCCAGCCUCACCUACAACCAGGGCACUGGCCCUCGCCUUGCGCCAGUUCACCUUUGUGGCCUUCACCCACCUCCUGCUGGAUGCUCUGCCGUCCGUGCAGAAGCUCGCCCUUGUCCUGCAGCCAGAAGAGCCGGACUUGGCCUUGCUGCAACCGCUGGUGACGGCAGCUGCAGCCUCCCUCCAAGCGCAGCGCAGCUCUGGUGGGGCGCGUCUCCAGGGCUUCCUGCAGGAACUGGCAACCUCCAGCCCCGACUUGGGCCGCGGCCGCUGCACCUACCGCGGUGUGGAGCUGGUGGGCUACUCCGAGGCUGCGGUCCAGGGCUUGGAGCGGCUGCGGGGGGCUUUCCUGGACUCCAUGCGGAGGGGGCUGCGGGACUCCUACCCCGGGCCCUCGCUGGACGCCGUGGCCGCCUUGGCGGCGAUCUUCGACCCCCGCCGCUACCCGCAGGCACCCGAGGAGCUGGGCGCGCACGGCGAGGGGGCGCUGCGCGUCCUGUUGCGCGCCUUCGCCCCCGCCGUGGUGUGCCAGCGGGCGCUGGGCGACUUCGCGCUCUUCAAGCGCGUGGUGUGCAGCCUGGGGCGGCUGGGCCCGCGGGCCCUGUGCGCCAAGCUGGCGUGCGCGCGCUCUGAACUGCACGAGCUCUUCCCUGACUUCGCCGCCCUCGCCUCCCUGGCCUUGGCGCUGCCCGCGGGCGCCGGCCUCCUGGACAAGGUCGGCCGCAGCCGGGAGCUGCGGUGGUGGGGGCCGGGCGGGGCGGGGGAAGGCCGGGGCGGCCCCGCGGUGAAGAUCGCGGUGGAUGGGCCGCCGCUGCACGAGUUUGACUUUGCGCUGGCGGUGGAGUUCCUAGAGAGUGGGUGGGGCGAGGGGCUCCUGGGCUCGCAGCUCACGUGAGGGCGGCCUCCUCUCCUCUGUCCAGCCAACCCGGGGCCCUAGGCUCUCUAAGGGCCAAGCCGGACUUGACUGUGCUGCACCCAGCCUGACCUCCUAGCUGCGGCCUCCCACCCAACUUCCCCGUGCUUCCUCUGCUCCACGCUGAGUACUAACCCAGCCCCGUGGGCUGUGGAGGAGGGGCUGGAUCGGGGGCGGGGCUCGGGCCAGUGGGCAGAGGUGCUGGGGUCUGGGGCACCCUAAAUAUCACUCCUGACCUUUCCAGAGUUUGGUGAGAGUAGCUCACCCCUUUCCCUCUGAACUCAGCCCAAGUUUUGGUCCUAGAAAAGUUGAGGGGCUAUUGGUUGGAGGGAGGAAGACAGGGUCUGCGCAAUUCAGGGGUUGAAGGAGAGGAGACUGGGUCCUUGACUGUUGGCCCCCACUUCUAGCGACAUCUCUUCAGCUGUGACUGGAGAGCAGAUGACCGCCCUUGUUUUUGACACACAGCACAGCACCCUCUCUGUUCACAAGCUAACAGUUCAAAGGAAGUGGUGGUGCCCUCCUCACCAGUAGGCUGCCUGAGGCUUUUCUCUCUAUGGCUGUGUAUAUCGACAUACACAUCUAUAAAUGUAAAAUAAAUCUAUCCUAUCUUUCACAGUGUUAAUACACAAAAUCUAAAAGGACUUACUUUGGUUUUGCAAUGACAGGGUCCAAAAAAGUCCCAGGUGGACUAAAUUUAUUUCUAAUUUUUUUCCUCCUCAAAAUCUGGUUGCUCUCUAAGUUCCUAGCCUUCCCCUGCCCUUGCCUCAGACUUUUUUUUUUUUUUUUUGCCACGCCAGGAUUUUAGAUUUUAGUUCCUCGACCAAAGAUUGAACCUGGGCCCUCGGCGCAGAGUCCUAACCACCGGACUGCCAGGGAAUUCCCAGCAGAUUUUUUUUUUCUCGCCCACUGCUUGGCUUGUGGGAUCUCAGUUGCCCGACCAGGGAUCGAACCUGGGCCCCUGCCUCAGACCUUUAAGACCAAAGACUGUAAAGCCACAGUGCUGGACUGGCUGACUCCGAGAUGCAGCCUCAGGCCCAGCACAGGGAUGUCGGAGGGCUUUUUGCCUCCUGAAGGAAGCAGCUGGGGCCUCACCAGAGCUGGGGAACACAUCCUUUCAGAUUCCAGUGGGUUUCCCAUCCCCUCUGUCAGCCCUUGCUGUGAACCAUGUGGGGAUCUGGACAGGGUAGGUAGUGAGAGGGGAGGGGGCUGGCCUCUCCCCAGGCCUCCUGGGUUUGGGUUUAAUUUGCAAUAAAGUGGAAACCCAGUGCAUCGUGCAGUC